CACCACAGUACAUAGUUUGACUCACUUCCCCAGACACUGCCCCACCCCAGAGCUCCUGAGCUAAAGUUUGACACAGACUCCUCCACCGUUACGCGUCAGGACAGAAGAGCCAUUCUCAUCCCCACAGUCUGCUGAUUUUCUGUCCAUAUCCACACACCUAGCAGAGAAGAUCAUUUCAGGAUGCCUCUUGGGGGUGGAAACAAAUGUGGCUGCUGUCAAAAAACAGUGUACUUUGCAGAGGAAGUGCAGUGUGAAGGGCGGAGCUUCCACAGAUCCUGCUUCCUGUGCAUGGUGUGCAGGAAAAAUCUAGACAGCACUACCGUGGCUGUCCAUGAGAAUGAGAUCUACUGCAAGGCCUGUUACGGCAAAAAAUAUGGGCCCAAGGGCUACGGAUACGGCGCUGGCGCAGGAACUCUGAGCAUGGACAAAGGAGAGUCACUGGGCAUUAAACCCGUGGAGGCUCCAGAUCACCAGCCAACCAAUAACCCCAACACAUCCAAAUUCGCUCAAAAGUUUGGUGGCUCUGAUGUUUGUCCACGGUGUAGCAAGGCCGUCUACGCAGCUGAAAAAGUCAUAGGGGCAGGAAAUGCGUGGCACAGGGGUUGUUUCCGAUGUGCAAAGUGUGGCAAGGGCCUAGAAUCUACAACUUUAGCCGACAAGGAUGGAGAAAUCUUCUGCAAAGGUUGCUAUGCCAAAAACUUUGGACCAAAGGGCUUUGGAUACGGUCAAGGUGCUGGAGCGCUGUCACACACUCAAUAGAUCAGCAUGACACACUUUUCCCCACGACCCCCAAUCGUAAGCAUCUGUAGAAGCACCUUAACACCUCCUGCUCGCGUGCGAGUGAGUGCAUGUCAGUGUCUUUAAAAAGGAAAACAGUGUCAGCCAAGAAGGAAACUAGAAUUUAAAUGCUUAAACGAGACACAUUCCACAUUUCAACACAUUCUACAAGACAUCAUGUCAUUGUUUUAAACCCAUAAACAUCUCGUCUUAACUCACUGCCAAAUGCUUGGAAGAACGUCAAGUAUGCAAACAAAACAUGGGAUUAAAACUUAAUCUGCUCACCUAAGAUGAUCACUUGAGUUUGCACAGAUUUAGUGGAACCUGAGCUAUGCUGUUACGUCAGUAUUCCUCUGCUUAGAUGUACUGCCUGUUCUUUAAAGAAUCUGCUUACCCUUUUACUAGUUUGCCACUUGCUUGUUUGAGCUUUAAUCACUGUAAAGAAUGUUGUCUUCAGCUCUGUUCGAAGCAUGAACAAAUAUCAAGUGCACUAAAUUUAUUUCACUAUCAAUGGAAAAAUAUCCAACAUAUGCAUUCUGCAUGUACUUUAAAAAAAUGUUAUAGAAGUAAAUGUACAAAUAUGCACAACUUUGGUGUCUUUUUUGUGUCCAUUAAACUGAAUAAUUGGUGAAUGUAAA